GGAGCUGCCGGCGGCCCGGGCGGGCUGGCAGCUAGAGUGGGUACGAUAGCCGCCUCCGCCUCUGCCGCCUCCGCCGUCGCCUCCUCCGCCCGGGCCGUUCGCUGCUGCGCGGGGAGAGCGAGGCGGGGCCGCCGGGGCCGCCAUGGAGCCCGACUCGGUGAUUGAGGACAAGACCAUCGAGCUCAUGUUACCGAAGUGCAUGUUUGGGAUUUUAUUGAAGAAAGCUGGAUACAGUAAACGGAAAGAAUCUUGGAAGCUGCUUGACUGCUGUCUUUUCUCAGACUAGUGUGAAAGGGAACACCCCCAUUCAUUCUGGAUUGGUGGAUCUGAAGUACAAAAUAUUUUCCAGAACACUUCAGUUAUGGAGGAUCAAAAUGAAGAUGAGUCCCCAAAGAAAAAUACUCUUUGGCAGAUAAGUAAUGGAACAUCAUCUGUGAUCGUCUCCAGAAAGAGGCCAUCAGAAGGAAACUAUCAAAAAGAAAAAGACUUGUGUAUUAAAUAUUUUGACCAGUGGUCUGAAUCAGAUCAAGUGGAAUUUGUGGAACACCUUAUUUCACGAAUGUGUCAUUAUCAGCAUGGACAUAUUAACUCUUACCUGAAGCCCAUGUUGCAGCGGGACUUUAUUACCGCUUUACCAGAGCAAGGCUUAGAUCACAUAGCAGAAAACAUUCUUUCUUACCUGGAUGCCAGGUCUCUGUGUGCAGCAGAGCUGGUAUGUAAAGAAUGGCAGCGAGUGAUCUCAGAAGGAAUGCUUUGGAAGAAGCUGAUUGAAAGAAUGGUGCGCACUGACCCUCUAUGGAAGGGACUUUCAGAAAGAAGAGGGUGGGAUCAGUACCUGUUUAAGAACAGACCUACAGAUGGCCCUCCCAAUUCAUUUUAUAGGUCAUUAUACCCAAAGAUUAUCCAGGAUAUAGAGACUAUAGAAUCUAACUGGCGGUGUGGACGACACAACUUGCAGAGGAUUCAGUGCCGCUCUGAAAAUAGUAAAGGUGUCUACUGUUUACAGUAUGAUGAUGAAAAAAUUAUCAGUGGCCUACGAGAUAAUUCUAUUAAGAUUUGGGAUAAAACCAGCUUGGAAUGUUUGAAAGUGUUAACGGGACACACUGGCUCUGUCCUUUGUCUCCAGUAUGAUGAACGUGUCAUUGUGACUGGUUCUUCAGACUCCACAGUGAGAGUCUGGGAUGUCAACACGGGUGAAGUUCUGAACACAUUGAUCCACCACAAUGAGGCUGUGCUUCACUUACGCUUCAGCAAUGGACUCAUGGUGACCUGUUCCAAGGAUCGCUCCAUCGCUGUGUGGGACAUGGCUUCUGCUACGGACAUCACUCUACGUCGUGUCCUUGUUGGCCACCGUGCUGCCGUCAAUGUAGUAGACUUUGAUGAUAAAUACAUCGUGUCUGCCUCUGGUGACAGAACCAUCAAAGUCUGGAGCACAAGUACCUGUGAAUUUGUUCGUACUCUGAAUGGGCACAAGCGAGGCAUUGCCUGUCUCCAGUACAGGGAUCGGCUGGUUGUUAGUGGAUCAUCAGAUAAUACCAUAAGGCUGUGGGAUAUCGAAUGUGGUGCCUGUUUAAGAGUCCUUGAGGGACAUGAAGAGUUGGUCCGAUGCAUCCGGUUUGAUAACAAGAGGAUUGUCAGUGGGGCCUAUGAUGGGAAAAUUAAAGUUUGGGACUUGCAAGCUGCUCUUGACCCUCGAGCCCCAGCAAGCACGUUGUGUUUGCGCACGUUGGUGGAACAUUCUGGACGUGUGUUUCGGCUACAGUUUGAUGAAUUUCAGAUCAUCAGCAGCUCCCAUGAUGACACUAUUUUGAUUUGGGAUUUCUUAAAUGUGCCUCCCAGUGCCCAGAACGAGACCCGUUCUCCCUCCAGAACAUACACGUACAUCUCCAGAUAACAGUCUGCACUUUACCCGUUUCAGGGUUUCCUAGUCUUGAACUACUGGCUACAUGGCUACCAAAUGCCUAAGGGAGUUCUUCGCAGCUGAGUUAUGAAGCUGGAAUUGGUUCUAGACGCUGGGUAGAUGCAAAGCAGCCUAACUCUCCCAAGUACCAACAUCUCUCACCUUCGAUUCCGGCCUCUACUUUGAGAAGGACACCUUAGCUUCACCACCUCCAGUAGAACAGAAGCCCAUUUCCUCCCCCCAGCAGUGGAAAAAAAAAAAAUCUAAUGCUUCGGAUGUAAAUUGUUCAUAU